AGAUGACCACCCAAGCACGUCGUGUCCAGGGGAGUGACUUCAAUGUCACACUCAAAACUUUUCCCAAGUCGCUUCAAGAACUGUUAAACGCGACACUCCUAAACAUACACAUUUGUAAGCACAUAAUCAAUGUCUCAGCUCUUAUCUCUGGGAAUGACAAAAGCUGGAGGUGCUUCUCGGGGAUGACGAGACCUAUAUAUAAGAUGUCGGAAAUGACAUGACAACAGUUGGGUUUGUUGAGCCCUUUCCAGUACUCUGAAACAUCUCCAGGAGGUUUGUUUUGAGCACCAUGUGGAAGGCAGCCGUCAUGACUCUUUGUGUCUUUGUGGCGUUGGUGGACAAGGUGCAGCCCAAUGAAGUUGUUCAUCCCUCUUUCUAUGGGAUGAAGCUAUGUGGAAGAGAGUUCAUACGUGCUGUCAUUUUUACCUGUGGGGGCUCUCGCUGGAAGAGAAGCAUAGGAGACUCAGCUCUUAUUGGGGAUGACCAGUUUGACCAAUGGAAUGCAAAUCCUUUCUCUCAACUGGCCGGUGAGCAGGAUCCUGCACAAUCCAACAUGUGGAAAGAUCAGACUAUAGAUGUGGCAUCCGUGGCUACGGGAUUUACCCGCUUGGCUCGCUCGCCAAUCUCGGAGGAAGUCCUAGAGGCUCUAAGAAGUGCAGAUAGAAAAGGGCGGGAUGUGCUGAUGGGCCUGUCCAGUGCUUGCUGCAAAUGGGGGUGCAGUAAAAAUGAAAUCAGCUCCCUGUGCUAAACAUUGGCCUCUCUCGUGCAGGGCUUUAUUCUUUUUACAUCUAAGUCAGACUUUGUGUGAAUAAAUGUGUGAAUGUGCUAA